AUGCCUAUCUGCGUAGAAUGCCGCCACCCGGUCAAGGCGCUCUAUACCGACUACUCCGGCGCCGACGAUAAGUCCAGUGGCCACGGCGUGCGGCUUACUGUAUGCAAGAACUGCGGGCGCUUCUGCGAUAAGUACGUCGAGCACGACCACGUUGUCUUGUUCAUAGACCUGGUGCUGAUAAAACCGCAACCAUCGAUCAUCCGGCUAGGUAUUCUAUUACUGCUCUUCGAUGUCUAUCUAACGUGGGCCCGCAUCGAGAGGCAAACCUCCACCGCGCCCCCCACCGCAGACAACAACUUCCUGCGCCUGGCCGCCCAGCCAAUCGUCUUUCAAUACGUCUUCUUUCUGGCCCUGUGCGCCCUCUCUUACCUCGCUUUCCACCUCUCCAUCCGCUUUCUGACCUCUUCCCCAUUUUCUCCCCUCGUUCUCUCGGGCCUCAUCCCUCGGUAUACGAGGCCCAACAGCGUAAGCACCGCUCUCCUGGUGUCUUCGUCGACGAAACUAUUCCCCAUAUUGAUGGUCAUUUGGGAAUACGAUGUUCCUGCUGCGGCGAGGAGUUUGGGGUGGGCGGUGGUUGCGAAUAACGUGGAGGCGCUGAAGAUAUUGCUGGAUUGCGGGUAUGGUACUGCGGCUAUCCUGGCGACGGUGGGCGCGAUUAGUCGGUGGAUGGUCGGGAGAGGGAUUCUGUGGGUGGUAGGUUUGGAUGGGGUUGAUACGGUGGGGGAGUCGGGGGUUGCAGCUGAUGGGAAAGCAUUGUGGGCUUUGCUUGAGAUGGGAAGGGAAUGGGGUGGGAGGCUCGGGUUAGGGUGA